UGAAUGAAAAUUUUGUCCAAAAAUGGCGGCAAUUACUUGAACCCAAUUUCAAGUAGUGAGUACCCUAGGGUUUAUUCUCAACUCUCAAGCCUCAACAUCAUUCUCCGCCCAAAAUGUUCGGAGCUCAGCCGUCCUCCUCCGCCUUCGCCACUCCCUCCUCCACCCCACCAUUCGGAACACCUUCGUCCACCCCAGCCUUCGGAACCCCUUCCUCCACUCCUGGCUUCGGCACGCCUUCUACUCCGGCAUUCGGAACCUCACUCUUCUCCUCUCCGUUUUCUCAACAGUCACAACCUCAGCAGCAGGGUUCUUUGUUUCAGACUCCCCAGAGCUCCAGCGCAUUCAGCUUUUCGACGCCGUUUGGGGCCACGCAGUCACAGCAGAAUCUUUCAGCUUCACCGUUCGGUCAGCAGCCCAGCACUCAGACUACAUCACCCUUCGCAAAUGCUCAAUUAACCACUCAAAUGGCUCCUGUAGCUCCUCUGCCCUUUUCUCUUGCCGAUCGAGAUAUUCAGGCAAUUGUUGAUGCUUACAAGGAGGAGCCUGGGAACCCCAAGUAUGCAUUUAAGCAUUUGUUGUUCAGUGUAACUGAACCUCAGCAAAGAGUGAAACCUGCUGGUGUAUCAGAUAUUAUGUGGGCAGAGGCGAUGGGGAAACUUGAAGGGAUGGAGUCUUCCAAUCGUGAACGCCUGUGGCCCCAGCUUAUCCAGGGCUUCAAGGAUCUUUCACAGCGUCUCAAGCUUCAAGAUGAAGUCAUACUUUCUGAUGCUGAGAGGCUAAAAUUGACCCAGAGCAAUGUUAAAAUGCUUCAAAGGCAUUUUCAAGCUGACACUCUUCCUUGGAUUGAGAGGAUGAGACAAAAAGAGCAAGGUCUUCAAAGACGUCUUUUAAGGGUAAUGAGAAUAAUAGAAGCAUUGGAAGGUAAAGGUUGCCGAUUACCUCUGAUGAAAGGAGAAGCUGAUUUGGCAGAGAAGUUGGCUGCUAUAACUAGACAGUUAAAAGGAUCAGGAGCAGAAGUUUCUCGGAGGGUUCAGAAUCUCCUCACAAUAUGCCGUGUUCAAGAUGGCAUUGGUGGUGGUUCUUUUUAUCUUCCGGGAUCAGCUAAAAUACAUGAACAGAGUCUUGUUGAUAUGCAGGAGGUUUUGCAACAGCAAACUGAGGCCAUUGCUAGGCUUGGCAAUGUGCUGAAGCGAGACAUGAGGGAUAUGGAGAUCAUAAUGGCCGAAGAAACAGAAAUGAUCGAAGAUUGAGCAAUCCCACCUUCCUCCAUCAGAUGUACCCUACCAUCAAAUAGAAUGAAUGAUCUCAAUGUUGCAUUAUUCUUGUCCAUUUUAGAUCUUGAUAUUGAUUGUAAUACUGAGUAGUUUGCAACGAAAUUUGUUUGUAUUAGAAUUUUGUUGGUGAUAGUAAUGCAAAGAGCAAACAUGAUUUGAGGCCGGCUACACUUUAUUAUUAUUUGUUGUAAUUAUGGAAGUCUUAUCUGAACAAGGAUUUUGGAUGGUAGUAUUUAAUAGUGUUCUGAAA